UGUCAUGUGAUAUAAACAUCAACUUGAUCAAGGUAUCAAGGUGUGAUGUUAGAGUUGAAGCGGUCGUUAUAAAAGUUACUAAAAAUGGAUGAAACUGCUGUCCCAAAAUCUACAGCCAAAGCAACAUCAACAGAUGUAAAUGCCAUUUACCACGACGUUUCACCAACACUUAUUUAUGGCUCAAAAGUGUUUGGUGUCGUGACAUGCCUUAUGGUUGUAAUUGCUUUCAUUAUCUGUCUGGUGACUGGUGCUAAAAACAAUACAUUUUACCUGAUGGCUACAAAUUUAUUAAUAAGUACUUUUGUUGGAGCUGUUGUGACAUGGUGGUAUAGGAAAGGUGACCUGGCUUCAGAUAAAAUCUGGUUCAUUAUUUUGGUGUGUGCAGUGAUAGUCUUCCAGUGCAUCACCACAGAAAUCUACGUUUUCAAUGUUCAGUAUGUAGACAAUGAUGUUUCCACCCCAGCGCCCCCUAGGAUCAAUACCACUGCUCACCAUAACAUGACAACAAGACAUAUGAUGCAGCAAGAUGUCACAACUGUUCCUAGUUUUUGAAAAAUCACUUUUGAUGUCUAAGAAAUCAAUUGGCUCAAGCUUGUUUGCACUAUUAAAACCAACUGCAGAAGAUAAUUAACUUUUUUCUAUUUUAUGAUACAGCAUGAGAUGCUUUUGUAGUUCAUUCUGCACGUUUUUCUGUGCACAGAGAAAGAUUUCAUUUUAUUCUUUUCUAUACAAGUUGAAACUUACUGUCAUACACUUGUGAUUUAGUAUUUAAUUGUAAAUAUAAUUAUAAAUGUUUAUGUUAAAAAGCUUACAAUAAAUGUGUAGUCAAAUA